AUAUGUCCUUGUAAUGCCUGGAUUGUUGUGAGUUGUGAUUUUGUUGCCGUUGUGUUGAGUGACUUUACAUUUACAGUUUACAAAGUCGGGUCUGUUGCUCCAGUAUCAUUCUUGUCCUAUGCACGUGCAGCAGCCAGUAUCCUAUUUCACAGUGAAAUGUUUUACUAGGGAAUGGAAGAAACCACCACUUUGACCGGUACAUUGCGGUAUUCCUACAUUGCACACGAUUGGGCACAUGCACGAUUACGAGUCCGGAAUCUUUUGGGCUACUCGUCAGCGGUUAGUCGCAUGAGAUUAAAGCGCGGGUAGGUCACCUGCAUUAUCGAAAGAAUCGAUACUCUGCGCAAGUAUUGAUAUUUUUCGAUCCGACCUCGGUAUCGCUGGUAUCGAAUAUUUGGUAUCGGUAUCGGCCCAUCCUUACUACUUGGAUAUUCUCUUUUGAAGUGUCACACCCUCGGAAUUUCAUAAGAAAUUAAGAACGACAAAUCCGUAUAUAUAGAACAAGUGAAGCACAUUUUAAACUUUCAUACGAUUGUGGGAAACUAUACUUAAUUAACUCUCGAUAAAUUGGCCUGACAUAACUUGCUGAUUAUUUAAUUAUUUUGUAGCCCCAAAAGCCCGGCGUGUGACCCUGGAGGUACUGAACUUGAUAUAUUUGAUACACAAGGCACCCUUCAAGUAAUAAAGUUAGAAUAA